GUCAGUAUUCAAAAUAGUAAUCUAUCAACAUAAAAGGUAGCAAACAUGCCAUGGUUUAACGCCCUCAUUCGGGAUAUGCAGUUUCCCACGAAUCACGUCGCUCGGAGUGAUUUGGCUGUUGUAAUUCGUGACAAAUUUCCCAAAUCUAGGUACCACUUUUUGGUGCUGCCUUGGGCGGACAUCGACAACGUUUAUCAGGUAUACUCCAGUAUGGCAAAUACCAUCGACAUUCCUAUAUACAGAGCUUCCUCAUUUCAGCUAACCUCGCAGCAUAUUCCGUUGCUAAACGAAAUGCUUCGACUCGGGCUACAGGCCAUCGAAGUAAGCCGAUGCCUCCGGGCGGAUUUUUCCAUGGGAUUCCACAUGAAGCCAAGCAUGCGACGGUUGCAUCUGCACGUCAUCUCCAAUGAUUUCACCGGCAGGGGAAUGAAAACGGAGAAGCACUGGAACAUCUUUCACACGGAUCUGUUUAUGCCAUUCGGAAGCAUUUUGGCGGAACUGGAAGAACGAGGUCACAUUCAUCAGCGAUCGCCAGCGUACAUCCAAAGCCUGCUCAGCACUCCGCUGGAAUGCAAUCAAUGUGACCGUCAAUUUGAAACGAUAGUCACGCUGAAAGCACACCUUCUGGGCCAUCUAGUAGCCAUUGGAGCAGAACCGUAACAAACGCGCAGAGAAAAAACACCUUCAUUUUGCGUCGCCAUGGAAACACACCCAGAGGAAGACUGUGCGAGAGAUUCGAGGCUGUGAUCAACACGUGGUGGUCGAUUCAGCACGGGGAUAAUCUCUCGCUGGUUUUUACUGUAUCUGCUUUGAUCGAGGCGAUAACUAUCCGGGAGCUAAAGCCCCUCAAAUAUAGCAGAAUACGUAUGUAUAAUAAUCCAAAGGUGGUUUCCAUAUCGGCUCGGCCAAAAUCCAGUGUUUCUCAGUUGGUAAGUUUCAGCAGUGAUGACGACGACCACGCUGCCAAAGAAAAUGGCGUUUUUUGUUAUGUUCCAGCUUCAACGAGGCAUGGGUUUCGGGUAGACACACAAGCACAGCACCGGGUAACUGGUGGAACGCGAAUAAGAACGAGCAAGUGGAAUGUAAGGCUUUUUAAAGAGUAUUCGCUCUGUGUUCUGGAAAAGUAUACUGGAACAGACAUACGGCGUUUUGUUGGUCAACAUUACACGCACACAAACGAAUUAUUUUUAUUUUGAAGUUUAGUGAACGUGUUCUGUUUAUGGACCGGUGCACGCGAAUUGGGUUUUUUAAUUUUGUAAAAUGUAUUGAAUUUUUGAUUUUAUAUGAUAGAGCACCUUUUUCAAAGCCACUAUGUUUUUUUCCAGAUUUUUAGAACUCAAUUUGGUACCUACAAUCAAUUUCAAAGAUAUUUUUUUAAAUCACCUUUUGACAGCUGGGCAAAUGCUUGACAGCUGCGCCCAGUACAAAAUGCGACGAGGGGUGAUUCGACAAAUCGCUCCCAUACAAACUUCAAAUUGAUUUUUGAAUAGGUUCCCGGCCACCGAAAAUCAUGAAAAUUUGGAUUUCGGCUUAGCUUGGAAUACAGAUUAAGAAUAUGCAAUUAUCUCAACACCCAUUAAAAAGCCAAUUG